AUGAAAUUAGUUUGCCGUUUAAGACCAUAGCCCAAUAACACAUCUUAAAGUACUGUAAACUCUAAAAAGGAUGUGCGUACAAAUAUCUUUGCAGGUGUGCUAUCUAAUGAAACACCCCAGACUCUUGUUGUAAGUUCGCGUAAUGCAAUAUCACAGAAACUGAUCUUUGAGUAUUUAAAGAAUGAUUCGGAUAUAAUGAAACAACGAUAAUAGAUAAUAGAGAAUUCUGAUCUCUUCCAAUUUGAUUAAGUAUUUGGUGAAAAGGCCAAUCAAUAAUUGAUUUAUGAUUAAGUGCUGGCAACUAAAGUAAAUAAUCUGAUCACUGGUUCAUCGGGCUCCUUGAUUCUAUUGGGAGGACCUGAGAGUGGCAAAAAGUAUACUCUCAAAGGCGAGGAGAGAGGCUAAGAGAAGGGUUUAGCUGUGUUCAUAGUAGAAAACAUACUCAAUUUGAUUGAGAGUUCAAAGUAGUUAAGAGGGAAGGGAAAAUUAAACGUUUCAAUAUCAUUGGUAAAUAACCUCGAGACCAUAGAUUUAGUAGGUUCAUCUAGAAGUUAAACAGUUAAAUUUUCAUAAAUUAAGGGUGCAAGUGAAUUCAAAAAAAUGCUUAAUUAGAGUUUAUUUUAAUAUAAGUAAUAUGUCAAAGAACAUCCAGAGACUAAAAGCAAUCAUAUUUUUAUUAAAUAUUUAAUUGAGUAGGAUAAAUAGGAGGUAGCUUAAUUACAUUUGGUACUUUUCAACGAAUUUCGUAGAGUUACUUAGGAUGCUAAAGAUUUUCAAGGGAAAUUGAAAUAAUUGCUAGUAUCUUAGUAGGAUUUCUAAGAAAAAGAGUUGGAUAGCAAAUCGUUGCUGUAACUCUAUUUAUCUUUGAGAGAAACUAAAUUCAAUAACAUCACUGUUUUAUUUUGUGUUUCAUAAGUUUAACAGGAUCAUAUCACUGCUUAUAUGACCUUGUAAUUUGCUGAAGAUUUAAGAUAGACAAUAAAACCUUAAACUUAAAGAAUAGCCUUGUCACAAUUGGAGAAUCAAUCAAUAAAGUCAAAAUCACAAUAGGGAAGAGAGAAUUUGACUUAGUAAUUUGGAUCAAAAGGAUCUCUGGAGGAAAAGUUUGAUUAGCCAUCAAGGAUUGUAAGACCAGGAGGAUCAGAUUAUUUAAUUAGAUUUGGAUCUGAUUAGAAUUUGAGGCCAGGAUCAGACUAAACUGUUUUGCAUUAAUCAAAAAUAUAUAGUACAAUAGACAGAUAGCCGAGUAGAUAAGAGGCGAAUUUUUCGAAGCAAUUCCAAGAACUCAAGGAGUUGUUAAAGGAGAAGGAAGUGAUGGAAGAUUGCAAAGUGUAGAGGUUUGAGAAGGAACUAAAGAAUUUGUACGAGGAGAAUUCGAGAUUGCAGAGUAAGGUUUAUCAAUAAGAGGAUUCAAUAAGAUAGAGGGAUCUGUUAAUUUAAUAGUUGGAAUAACAUAUGGACGAUAAUAAAAAGCAGAUGGAAGUCGAACAUCAAAUGUUUACUUAGGCAAAGUAGAAGGAGAAUAUAUAUGAGCAAAAUCAAGAGGAAUUGAAUGAAGCAGUAGCACAAUUGAAUCAGUAAUUGAGAUAUUGUAAUGAUGAAUCCUAAUUAUAAAAAUAAAAGAUAAGGGUACUGGAGAAUGAUAUUGAAAUGUUGAAAGAACAAGAGUUUAAGAAUGUGAAACAUUAUGAAAAGAGAGAAGAUGAAUUUAUGGGUCUGAUUUAGUAGGAAUAGGAGCGUAACAAACAACUGUAUCAAGAGUUGGAUUAUUUCGCUAUUGAACUCAAGAAUAGAGAAUAAUAAUUGUCAGCCAGUGAUGAAAAUAUUAAGACUUUGAAUAAGGUGAUUGAAGAAUAAUCCAAGAGGAUAGAGGAGGAGAAGUAGAAGAACAAAGAGUUGUGUGAGAGCGUUAACAGUCAUAAAUAAAAAUAAGAAGAGGCUGUUAGAGAUAUAAAUUAAAUUGAAUAGAGAUUCACUAGAUUGAAGGCAAAAUUGGAAACUGAGAAUCAGCAAUUAAAAUAGGAUAAGGAAAAAUAUCUAUAAAAGUAUAAGGAGAAAUUAAAAAAAUAUAAAAGUCAGUUGAAUUAGUUUGAAUAAGAGAAUGGAUAAAUGAAGAUGGAAAGAGUGAAAUUGUAGACAGAAAAUGAUUAAUUGUAUGGAAUCUCGAAACAAUUAGAGACAUAAUUGGGUAGAGUGCAUAGUGAAACGACAGAGAGAAUAGGUGGUUCAUAUGAUGCAUAUGAAUAGGAUAAAAUCAGACAACAAAAUUUCCAGUUAAGUUCACAACUAAAAUAAGCAGACUAUGAAAUUAAAUAAUUAUCACUUUAACUUAACAAUGCUAUUUAGUAGUUGGAACAAACUAAUGUUGAAUAUGAUCAUGUUUUGCAGGAGAAUUAGAAAUUACAAAAAUUAUUGGAUGACAAAUAGUCUGAAGCCAAGAAAAAUGAGUUUAUGAUUGAAAAAGUUGUGGAACUUAGUGAUAAACAAUUGGAUGACUUAGAAUCGAAGUUCAACAAGUUAACAGCUUAAAUUAAUUCAUUACAACAUGAGAAGAAAUCAUUAUAAUCUGAGAAUCAGAAUUUGAAGAAUCAAUUAGAAUAGAUGGAUGGGAAUGAUCUAGUCUUGGAGAAGAGAAUAGUGAAAUUAAGAAAGGAGAAUAAAGAUCUAAGUAAUUAAAUCAAAUAGUUAAACUAAAACAUGAAAGAAAUGAUAGUUGAAAAACACUCUGAAAUGAGAAAUACAUCCUUACGUUAAAGUAGAUAUAGUAACAAAUUGUUAAGUCAGAAUUAAUCAUAUAGAUCAUAGAGAUUAAUGGAUUAUGAAGAUGAUGAUGUUAUUUGA